CUCUGCUGCAGGGAUCUGUCCAGGAGCAGAGCUAGACAGCGGCAAUACACAGUAGUACAGAACCGAACAGAACAGAACCGCACAGACGCAGGGCUCCAGCUAUAAGCAGCCCAGAGAGGACCAGGCAACAGAGAGAGAGAGAUUGAGAGAGAGGUAUAUUAAGAUAGAGAACCCGCUGUCCACAGAGCCCUCAAGAGGAACACCCCAGAGACUGAGGGAGAGAGAGGGGUGAUCAAAAAGACAGAAACACAGAGGGGAGGUGAGAGGAGAGGACACAGGAGAGAGGAGAGGACACGGGAGAGAGGAGAGGACACAGGAGAGAGGAGAAAACACAGGAGAGAGAAGUGGACACGGCAUCUCCACGGACACAGAGAACUUUCUGCAGCGCACGAAUCUCUCUACGAUGUUUUCCCCAUGAGGAUUCUCUAAAUGGGACUUUGAAAUCUCUACUCUAAGGGCCUCAUCAAGAAGAUGUGUUUUCACACUGGAUAAUUUUAAAGGGAGUGGGUGAGGAGGACAGUGGCAGAUCAGCUCCAGUGAGGCUCUAGUGGCCACGUCGGCCAGUCUCUGUCAGGAUGGCUGGCUGUACCUGCCGCUGCAGACAGGGGGUGCUGAAGUUCAUUCAGUCUCUACGCAGACUUGUCUCUGGGACGCUUACCAAAGACAAGAUUGAUGAUGAGUUGGAGAUGACCAUGGUGUGUCACAGGCCAGAGGGUCUGGAGCAGUUGGAGGCCCAGACCAACUUCACCAAGAGAGAGCUACAGAUCCUCUACCGAGGCUUCAAGAAUGAGUGCCCGAGUGGAGUGGUGAAUGAAGAAACAUUUAAACACAUCUACGCCCAGUUCUUCCCCCACGGAGAUGCCAGCACUUACGCUCAUUACCUCUUCAAUGCGUUCGACACGACAAGCAAUGGAUCCAUCAAGUUUGAAGAGUUUGUAAUGGGACUGUCUACACUGCUGCGGGGCACUCUGAGAGACAAGCUGGAGUGGACUUUUCAUCUGUAUGACAUCAACAACGAUGGCUACAUUAACCGAGAGGAGAUGACUGAGAUUGUGAGGGCCAUUUACGACAUGAUGGGGAAAUAUACCUACCCUGCACUCAAGGGAGAUGUCCCGAAGCAGCAUGUGGAUGCUUUCUUCCAGAAAAUGGAUAAAAACAAAAAUGGAGUUGUGACUUUAGAGGAAUUCAUUGUCGCAUGCCAGGAGGAUGAAAUGAUGAUGAGAUCCAUGCAGCUCUUCGAAAAUGUGAUGUAAAAAGGGCGCCGGGCGGAAGGAAGGAGAGAGAGAGUGUUGAAAACAAAUCGAGAGAGAAUUCUGCGUGUGUGUGCUUCAGUCCGUGCGCUCCUGUGCGUACGUCCGAGCACGCGUUUUGUUUAUCUGUGUGUGUCAGAGUGGAUGAAUGUGUAUGUAUGUCUCUCUCUCAUCCUCUCAUCUAACUUGUCAGCGUCCAUGUGUUUGCCAAAUAAUGUCUCUGCCUGGCUCCAUGCUGUUCUAUGGAUCAGAUGAAACCAGAACCGCCCAAAUGACCAGAUGAGAGCAACAAGCUCUCACAGUCUCACUGCAGAAUUAGACAUUCAUCCACGUUCUCAAAACAUCAAAUUUCUAAUUAUUUGUGUUGCUCAUGCUCCUCUGUAUCGUUCCAUUUCUCCAAACAUCAAAUUUAGAAGUUACGGGUUAAGUUUAGGCACUCAUUCUGAAUGGUUAAGGUAAGGGUUAAGGUUUGGGAUAGGGUUCAAAUUAAAAAUGUAAAACCUAUAUCCACGACUGUGAUCAAACACACAACCUUCUGAUCCAGAGUCACGGGAUUUACCCAAGCCUACUUGAUGGUAAAAGCGCUCCCUGUUGCCCCUAGCGGCCAGUUUUGAAGGCAUUUCCUAACGUCCUCAAGUCAAAAUUCCACGUCAAUCUUGAACGACCUGGCUGCUGAGAGACCCCUGGACUUGAUUGUCAUAUUGCUGAGCCCGGGAGCAUGCAGGUGAAUUAUCUGGAUAAUGCUUCCUGCCUUUUUAUGUGACAUGAAGGUUUGUAAAUCAGAUGAUCAUACAACACAGACUGAAGUGUGAAACAGCUGAGAAAUCUCAAACCUAUACGCUGCUCCCCGCUUAAUAUGUGGAAACCCUACCUCCGGAAACUACACUGGGCUACUUUGGGUUCUUUUGACUUUGUUCUUUUUGCCAAAAUAGAUGCAUGCUUGACCCAGAGGGAUCCCUCCCAUAGAAAUAGAAUCGUGAUUCUACUCUAUGCGCCCGACCAUCCAUGUGCUUGACCGGGACAUGGACCUUUAAUAACCUCUUGACCUCUGUAUUUAACUCAUGCGUCCAGUGAAUGAUUUAUGGACCAAUAUGAUCUACUUAUCUACUUGUUUAUUAACGUGUUUAUGCUGUAAAAUAUGAGGUUGUCCGAAUGUAUAAUUUGUUGGUUUUACGUGUCAUAUGUCGUGUCCGUUUUACUAUUGUCGUGGUGACCUCCGUACCUCUGUGUUGGCUUUGCUGUCGCUCUCCCGUCUAUUCCUGUAGUUGUCUGUCUGUCCCUGACAGAUGCCUGUUAUAAUGUGUGCUUACAAAUACACCCAAUAGACUUGGUUUAUGACUAUGAUGAUACAUAAUCUUGUAUGUUGGCUGGAUCUAACUAAUGAUGGGAAAUGACCAUCUGCGUAAUGCAAUGUGAAUGGUGUGACUUAUCUGUUGAAGUGUGCAUUUACAGUAUAUAUGUGUCUAAACCCAUUGAGGAAAACAGAAAUGUGAACUAAGUAUUAUUAUGGAGUGAGGGAAUGUGUCAGUAAAACUAAGGUAUGGAAAGACACUGAGACACUAGUUAGCUAUAAAAAAAUAUAUACAAAAUUAUCAGACCAACGCCACCACUCUCAUGUCGAACAAUUAUUAUUUUUCUUCAAGGAAUUACUCAUUUGUGUUGACUUUGUCGGUUCCUCCUCAGUGUGUAAGAUGGUAAAUAUAUUGAAUUAGUUUAGCUCCGGGUUUCAAAAGGGCAAAACAAUAUGAAUACAAAAUGUAAGCAACAGGUGCACCUCAUACAAAACUCUAUCUCAGACUGGGACCGAUGGAAAGAUUUAGAUUGGAGAGAGUUUCAGCUUUCAUGUUAUGUUGUACAGUGCAAAUGCUAUCAAUAAAAUGUUUUAGAGAAU